AGCCAUUCGCUCCAAUCAGAGCUGUCGCAGAGAGGCUGGUGGGAGGAAAGCGGGAGAUUCGAAUACAAGUCUAGUGGGCCCAAGCGAGCCUGAGCUUGGGCGACCGAGUCCUACAAAAGCGAAGAGGGUGCUUUGGGGUGGGUGGGGGAAUGUGAGCUUGCGCUGAAUUGGAAGACGGAGGGCAGGUUGAUCAGACGAAUUUAUGGCCGCUCCUUCUCUCGGAGGAUUCCUGCGUUCCCAAACAGUUGUCAUGGGGGCUUCUGAGAGUUUCCCAGCUACGCCCACCUGCACACCUUUGCUGAAUAAGCACCUGAAACAUGUCAAUGACCCAAGGUCACCUACUGCUGGGAUCCUGAGAACACCCAUUGAGGUAGAAAGUUCCCCCAAAGACAACACACAAUUUCCAAAACAAGGGGAGUUGGUAGCCAAAAGCCAGCAUGAGAACUGGGAUCCUCGUUCCCCAACGCCAGGAAUUUCACGGACUCCUCUAAAAGAUGUGUUAGCUGAUACCAUAAACUACCCAGUGAAGUUGUUUUGUGAAAACUUUAUGGGAGAAAAUAGAGAGGAAGAACUACCUCAAGAGGAAUCUCGGCAUGAAGAUAAAAAAUCUGAAUUCACCUUUGGAAUGGAGGAGAGGACUGCAAGGAGCACAGUUUCUUCUGGGGAAAUUUUCCUAGAGGAUUCUCAGCAAGCAGAAGAAGGGGAAAAUGAGCAGUUGUUUUCCAUGGUUUCUGUUGCAGCUGCAACAAAACCAGUACGGUCUGCCCGCAUCAUUCACCCUACAGGAAGCAAGUCAGUAAAACGCAGAAUCGGUAACAAAAUGCUGGCAAUGCCAACUGAUACUGGACGUUCCCCACUUAGUAUCCUUCAUGGUGACAAUUCUCCAAUUUCCCUUGCUUCUCAUCAGAGUAAAAGGACUUCAUCAGUGACAGAUAAUCAAAAAGAACCAAAGGAUGGAAACUUAAGCUCUGGGCCAAACUUUCCAGCAGAGAGCUGUGGUUGGGAUCCCAUGAAUAAGGAGAAUCGACGGUGUCGUUGGGUGGAAAAUUAGCUUCAGAUGCUCUGUGGAUUGCCGUUCUUUAAUAUGAAGGUUUGAUGGCUCAAGUAUGAAGACGAAGUAGCAUGAUUUUUAUUUUUUGCUUCUUGCCCAUUUCCCUCUUACUUCUUUUCUCGUCUUUGGUUUUCAUAUUUAGAUUCCAUAAUGUAUAGAUUCUUCUGUGUAACUACUAUUUUUAAAACAUGUUGUCUGAAAUGUCUGUGUUUGGAAAAUAAACUUCACUUUAGAAUGAGA